UAACCUCGGCGCUGCCAGCCGCACCGGGAAGUUGCUGGCGAGUCCGCCGGCCCGGUUCGGUCCCGGCCCCGGCCCCCGGGCGGAUUUCAUGGCCCGCGGCGAACGCGGGGCGGGAGCCGGCGUGGGCGAGCCCCCGCGCGCCCCCUCCCUCGGGGAUCCCCGGCGCCCGCUCCCUUCCGUUCGCGCGCCUUUCCGAUGCUGGCUGCGCCCCUCGCCGCCGCCGCCGCAGCCCUUUCGCCGCCGCUUGUCCCUCGGAGCCGCCGCCGCCUAAGUCCGGGAGGAGAGAAUGACCGAGGUGCUGUGGUCUGCUGUCCCCAACGGGACGGACGCCGCCUUGCUGGCCGGCCCGGGAUCUCCCUGGGGGAACAGCACGGCGGCCUCGACCGCCGCCGUCGUCGCCUCGUUCAAAUGUUCGCUGACCAAGACGGGCUUCCAGUUCUACUACCUGCCGGUCGUCUACAUCGUGGUGUUCAUCGUCGGCUUCCUGGGCAACAGCGUGGCCAUCUGGAUGUUCGUCUUCCACAUGAAGCCGUGGAGCGGCAUCUCCGUGUACAUGUUCAACUUGGCCCUGGCCGACUUCUUGUACGUGCUGACCCUGCCCGCGCUCAUCUUCUACUACUUCAAUAAGACAGACUGGAUCUUCGGGGACGGCAUGUGCAAGCUGCAGAGGUUCAUCUUCCACGUGAACCUGUACGGCAGCAUCCUGUUCCUGACGUGCAUCAGCGCGCACCGCUACAGCGGCGUGGUGUACCCGCUCAAGUCCCUGGGCAGGCUCAAGAAGAAGAACGCCGUCUACAUCAGCGUGCUCGUGUGGCUCAUCGUGGCGGGGGCCAUCUCGCCCAUCUUCUUCUACUCGGGCACCGGCGUCCGGAAAAAUAACACCACCACCUGCUACGACACCAGCUCCGACGAGUACCUGCGAAGUUAUUUCAUCUACAGCAUGUGCACGACCGUGACCAUGUUCUGCGUCCCCUUGGUGCUGAUCCUGGGCUGUUACGGAUUAAUUGUGAGAGCUUUGAUUUACAACGACCUGGACAACUCGCCUCUGAGGAGGAAAUCCAUUUACCUGGUGAUUAUUGUACUGACGGUUUUUGCUGUGUCUUACAUCCCUUUCCAUGUAAUGAAAACAAUGAAUCUGAGGGCCCGGCUGGAUUUUCAGACCCCAGAAAUGUGUGCUUUCAAUGACAGGGUUUAUGCCACUUAUCAGGUGACAAGAGGUCUAGCAAGUCUCAACAGUUGUGUGGACCCCAUUCUCUAUUUCUUGGCAGGAGACACGUUCAGAAGGAGGCUGUCUCGAGCCACCAGAAAAGCUUCCAGAAGAAGUGAGGCAAAUUUGCAAUCCAAGAGUGAAGACAUGACCCUCAAUAUUUUAUCCGAGUUCAAGCAAAAUGGAGACACAAGCUUGUGAAGACACAAGAAUUCCCCAAACACCCACUUUUGUAACAUGGUAGGAUGCUUAAUAGAGCCAAGUGCUUCCUUUUUUUCCCCCUUUAAGUUUCUAAAAGUUUAGAGAAACAUCAAACCAAGAAAUUAGUGAGUUUUAAAAAAACAAAAACAAACAAGAACUGGAAAUGCCCACACCCGCACCUAGCUUGUUUGGGUUUGGGUUUGCUUUCAAGGCCUCCCUCCCUCCCUUCUUUCUAAUCUGAAGUAUGUAUAAUAAAAUAAUACUAUCCCAGUUAAACAUUUACUUUCUUUUCUGCCUUUAAAAUUUACAAGCUCUUCUGUUUAAAGUGCACUUGAGUACCGGAGCUGUUUUGAGGUUAAUAAUUUCUUCAAGAAAACUGACCACCUGAAACUUGAGUUUGCCAUUCAUCUAGCUUUUAAUGUUUUUAAUGAUACAUGAUAGGAACAAAUUGAAACUCCACAUUCUCAAAGUUAGCAUAGGAUGUAGCAAAAUUCUAAUCUCGAUUCAUUCAGUAUGAACAGAUCUCAGCCGGGUGUCAUUUUUGGUCCUGUCACCAUAGGUGGUAACUAACUGAGUUUCUUGGAGACUUUGAUAGAAAAGUAAAGCCAAUGAAUUUAAAAGCCUAUAAAGUGAUCAUUUUCCAGUUAUUUCUAGAAAACUGCUCAGUAUAUGUUGGGUCCUAAAUGUUUGGCGAUGGAAACCUGCAUGUAUUAUCUUGUAGGUAAAAUGCAUUCAAAAUAAUCAAAGUGUAUGUACUUUCCUUGUAAACACUGUGAACUCUGUUAGACUUCCUGUGAUAAAGGGUAUUUACUUGCAUCACUGCUGUGCAAUGCCUUAGGAGUUUGUGUUCCAGUACAAAUGCUUACUCGCAUCUGUAAAAACAAUUUUAAAAAUCACAGAUAAAUUACAGAUGAAAGUUGAAUAACUGAGCAAGUUGAGGGCUUGUAGGGCAGGACGAUGGUAUUAUACUAUCGGAGGGAGAGGGGUUGGCAGUCAUUCACAAUGCAUAGCCUUCAAGCACAUUCCCAAAUGUACGAGCAAGUAGGGAGAAGACAUCUUUAGAAUAAGGACAUUAGUUUAAAUUAAAAUUGUGGUGUAAAGGUUCUUCUUUGCUUCUUUGAAACGUUGGGGAACAUUAAAUGCAACAUGAAAAGAAGGCAGAAUGUGUUCAGGUUGUGUUGAUAGAAUGAGAAGUUAUAAUCCUUUACUAGAUCCUAUUUCCUCAUAGUUAAAAGGGGAAAAAAAACCUUUAAAAUAUAUGAGAAAAGGACAUAAGGAGAAUUAAAUUUAAGUACCUAAGGUACCAUAGCAGUGAAAAGUAAGUUGCAGAAACUACUAAUAGUUUAAGAGAAGAUCACUGGUCAGUGUUUUCUUUUAUGUUUUUUUUUUCUGCGAGGCAGUAAUGAGAAACCUGUAAAAUACUUCAGUAAUUUUAAUAAUAAUUUUCAAUGAAUAUUGAUUCGCUGCAUUUCUUGCCCUUAAAAUCUUAAAAUUCUACAUAAUAUAGAAUAAUGAGGUGAGAUAGCACAAUUUAUAACUCCAAACAAAUAAAUCCCCUGUCAAAGAAGUGUUUGAUUGUGAGAACUAGCCUUAAUAGAACUAGCCAACAUCAGAGUCUGCAGCUGAUGGCGGAGUAACUUGUUUGAAAGCACUUUAUAAGUAAAAUAAUUUGGGGCCAUGUCUUAAAGCUAGAAACAGCACCCGGUGGGACAUAGUGACAGGUAAAUCAGGGCUUGAUUUCAGUUUGUGCAGUGCUUGGGUGGACUGCAGAUUUAUGAGACCUUCAGUUUCAUCUUAGAGUUACUUCAGUUUAUCCAGUCUCAGGCCACUAAGACCAAUGAAGAAAUGCUGUGUUUAGCUUCCUAAAAAGUUAUUCUUUUUUGACAUGUUCAGCGUUAACACACAGAAUUAUAGAAGAAACCUUUUAGAUGAGAUGUCCUACCUACACGUCCUCAUUUUGAGGAAACUGAAGGUUAGCUAGGUUCUUACUUGGUUAGGGUCCUACAGCAUUUUCUGUUGUGGACGUCUUGAAGAAAAUGUCUAAAAUAUGUCAUUACUAUAUUGUCCCUAUCAAACAGAAUGACAGCGAGACAGGAUUCAUAUCACUAAAUUGACCAAAGUGGAAAUUUCAAAGCCUGUACCAUCCUUGAACUCAAAGGCUAACGGUACACAUUUCUAUAGUAUUUCCUCACCAUUUACUUUAGUUUUCUUCCUUUUAGGUCUCAGGACACCCAGCCUAGUUUACAGUAUGUGUUAAGUACAUUGUUUCAGCUUCCAGAGAACUUUCUUACAGAGUGCGGAUCUAAUGAGAGAUAGACAGUAACUAGAAAUUCCCUUUUACUUCUUGGCAUGUUUUUUUUUUUUCCAGAGUGUUUCUUCUUUAGCUCUAUACAUCACAUCGUAGACAAUAAUGACAUGUAAAUGCAUGUCAAAUGGUAACAAGAAUGAUCUCACCAACUCCUUCCAGGCAAAAAGAGGUCUCUGGGAAGAGUCUGUGCUAAUGGUGAAAACGUACAGAGGAUCAAGAAGAAGCAGUGAUGUAUUGGCUGAAAAUCUGAUUUGUGACAUAUGAUAUGAGUCAGUAUUUUAAUAGGAAAGGCAAAAAUCUGUUUGCAUUUUGAUGAAAGAACUAAAAUUAUAGAACUUGUCAGUUAACUAAAAUUUCACAAUGCAACACUAUUUAAAUGCCAAGUUCAAGGUAUUUUAUGGCACACAAAAUACAUCUCUGACUCUUUGAACAUCAACAUGUUUGCAUUGAAAUGAUAAAAAGACAAACCAAGAAGCGAUAUAGCGUGAGUGUGUAGCUUCAGAGUUAAAACCAUGACAUUGCCACUCAGCGAGCUAUGGAACUUUUGACCAUUUCAGGACCAUUAUUAGUGGGUUAAAAAGGUUGGAUGGCAUCUGUCUGUUGGGGCUUUGAGGCAUGUGGAAACAUUUAAACUAUAGACAGCCAGAGGUGUAUUAUAUUUGUUACCAGGACUCUUCAAUUCCUUGGCUCAAAAUUCUUACAAAGUUCACCAGUUGUGAUGUGGACCUAUGACCUGUAAGUUUUCUCAAUCUACUUGUGUAGUACACCAAACAGCAUUUGGAUACAAGAGAUAUCAAUGCUUACAGCAGCUGGAAUUGGACUAGUGACAAUAAAGAUGUGUAACUAGUUAGAGAUCUAUUGAAGCUUUAACUUUGCUGGUCAAAUUGUAGCUAUCAUAAUAGUAUUUAUUAAUGAAGCUUACAGUUCUUUAGUUGUACAGGUUGAAAGACUUUCUUGAAAGACCCAACAUACCGAUGUAAAUUAUAUUUAUUACAAUGUAUAAUAUGAAUGUAACACUGGUGUAUUUUACAUAAUAUAUGAUACAUAGAUAAAAUGAGUUAUUGUAUAUUAUGAUGCUUUUCAAAUAUCAGUAUCCUGAAAUGUGUAAGUCUUCAGAUUUUUUUCUUAUCUAAAAUAUGAAAAUCUGUUUUGUGAUACAAGUGAUUAAUUUUCUCUAGAAAUGCUUUUGCAUGUUUACCUUUUUUGUGUAGUGUUCUUUCUAUACAGACACAAUUUGGUGUCAAACUAUCAUAAGAUCAAUAGUAAAUACAAAGCAUCUUUAGCCAGACUGGAUCUGUAUUGUAUACAUUUUAUAUAGUAUUAUAGAAAAGUUUAUAUUGUCCUUUCAGAGCAUUUAGAACCAUGCCCUCAAAUAUGAUCAGAGCUUCUAUUUCUCAAUGCAAAAUGCUUGUCCUGAAUUCACAGUAGAUCUCUUAGGUUUUAGAAGUCUGGUGGGAUGUGCAUUAUUGAUACAGCAUUAGAAUUUAAGGAGAAACUUUAAGGAGAUGGGGAAAGAGGCAGCUGGUGUAAUCAGUUACAAUGUUCAGAAUCAGCUUAAAUUUUUGUGUUGUGUUUCUUCUUAAGGUGAAAUAGUAUAAUCUUAAGUUGUUAGAGAUGGAGUUUCUAAGUAACACUACCAGCAAGUUUAACACUGCUAUGAAUUUUAAUCUGUUUUAUUUGUUCAGUGGAUAAUUUUAAUUCCAAGUUUUAUAGUGAUAACUGUAUUAUAUUUGGCUGCUGAAUUCUGUUACAAUUUUUAUUCUGUUGUACAUUGUAUUAUACACAUCAUUACAAAUUAAUAUGAAGGGGAAUAUAUGUGACAUAUCAAAAUUUGUGAAUUUAAAUUCUGGUAUGUUUUAGUGCUUUUGCAAAAAUGUUUAUUUUUAUAUUAUCUGUGAUUUUAAUAUAGAUAAUUGAACUAGGUUUCUUUGUGAUUAAUAGUGCCAUUGAAUGAGCGAUAUGGAAACAGUGUUACUUGACAUUUUGAGCUUUCUCAGGUUUAUCUAAAUCAAUGGUAGCUUAACAAAUUCCAGACUAAUUGUGCGCAGUUGUGUUUUUAAUAAAAGGAAUGUACAUUUCCUAUACGUUUGCAUGCAGGAAUGUACAAUAUCAUGUGUGUGUGUGUGUCUAAGGCAUGACAGCCAACUUUGCAUCUGCUAUUGAUAAUAACAGCAGAGCCUUGCUAUAACCGUGGUCACUAGAAUUGUACCUACCAUAAACAAUUAAAACUGAAAAAGUCUCAAUAAAACUAUGAAAUGUG